AUGCCACUCCUCUUCAAAAGAAAAAAGAAAGCCAAAAAUCAGGCUAGAGAUAUUGAAGGACAGUAUAAUACUAAAAAAAUGGAGUUAACUGAUCAAGAAGACAUAGUAAAUGAGCUAUAUAAUAGUGAUACUGAAGAUAAACUGGACGUUAGCAUUAAAAACGGAGGUGAGGAAAAUGGUGGCUGGAAUAAAUAUAAUGAGUUAGAUGUUAGUGAUUUAGAAUGGGAAGAUGAGGAUGAUACAGCAGUUGGUACAAAAAAAAUUACUAGCUUUUUUACAAGUUCACAACCAUUAGACCUAAAUGACUUAGAAGAAAUCUCUGAUAACUCAGAUAGUGAACCUGACUCGUAUACUCUUAUGAUAAAUAGAAAAGCAAAUGAUUUAAAAAA